CGACUGGCGGAGCUUCGUCGAUUAUCUUCGUGGCCACAUCGUGGCUUGCAAUCAUCGUUCUUUCGAAGGGAGUCCGCCAUUGCUGGCGUGUCGUGUGAUAUUUAAUUUUGAUAUAAUCAGCAAUCAUCCAAAAUGGUGAACUUUACAGUAGACGAAAUCCGUGGCAUGAUGGACAAGAAGCGGAAUAUCCGUAACAUGUCCGUCAUUGCUCACGUCGAUCACGGUAAAUCUACAUUAACCGAUUCCUUAGUUUCUAAAGCCGGUAUCAUUGCUGGAGCUAAGGCUGGAGAAACCAGAUUUACAGACACCCGUAAAGAUGAACAAGAACGUUGUAUCACAAUUAAAUCAACUGCCAUAUCUAUGUACUUCGAAUUGGAUGAUAAGGAUCUUGUAUUCAUCACCAACCCCGAUCAAAGAGAAAAAGAUUGUAAAGGUUUCUUGAUCAAUUUGAUUGAUUCACCUGGACACGUUGAUUUCUCAUCUGAAGUAACUGCUGCACUUCGAGUAACUGAUGGAGCUCUUGUGGUUGUGGAUUGUGUUUCAGGUGUGUGCGUUCAAACUGAAACCGUAUUGCGUCAAGCUAUUGCUGAACGUAUUAAGCCUGUUGUGUUCAUGAACAAAAUGGACCGUGCACUUUUGGAAUUGCAAUUGGACUCUGAAGAACUGUACCAAACUUUCCAACGUAUUGUGGAAAAUGUGAACGUUAUCAUUGCCACAUACUCUGAUGAUACUGGUCCAAUGGGUGAAGUACGUGUUGAUCCCAGCAAAGGUUCAGUUGGUUUUGGAUCUGGUCUUCAUGGAUGGGCUUUUACUCUAAAACAAUUCUCUGAAAUGUAUGCUGAGAAAUUCAAGAUUGAUGUAGCUAAAUUGAUGAACAGACUUUGGGGAGAGAACUUCUUCAACCCUAAAACCAAGAAAUGGGCUAAGCAAAAGGAAGAAGAUAACAAAAGGUCUUUCUGUAUGUACAUUUUGGAUCCAAUUUACAAAGUUUUUGAUGCUAUUAUGAAUUACAAGAAGGAAGAAACUGAGGCCUUAUUGUCCAAAUUAGGAGUUGUAUUGAAACAUGAAGACAAAGAUAAGGAUGGAAAACAAUUACUGAAGGUUGUGAUGAGAACUUGGUUACCUGCCGGUGAAGCUUUACUUCAGAUGAUAGCCAUUCAUUUGCCUUCUCCUGUAGUGGCUCAAAAAUACCGUAUGGAAAUGUUAUACGAAGGUCCUCAUGAUGAUGAAGCUGCUAUUGGUGUCAAGAACUGUGAUCCUGAUGCUCCACUUAUGAUGUACAUCUCAAAAAUGGUACCGACUUCUGAUAAGGGACGUUUCUAUGCCUUUGGUCGUGUUUUCUCUGGUAAAGUAGCUACUGGUAUGAAGGCUCGCAUCAUGGGUCCAAAUUACGUACCUGGAAAGAAAGAAGACUUGUAUGAAAAAGCCAUCCAACGUACUAUUCUCAUGAUGGGUCGUUAUGUAGAAGCUAUUGAAGAUGUUCCUUCUGGUAACAUUUGCGGUUUGGUCGGUGUUGAUCAGUUCUUAGUCAAGACAGGUACCAUCUCCACCUUCAAAGAUGCUCACAACAUGAAAGUCAUGAAGUUCUCAGUUUCUCCUGUUGUGCGUGUUGCUGUUGAACCUAAAAACCCUGCUGAUCUGCCAAAAUUGGUAGAAGGUUUGAAACGCCUGGCCAAAUCAGAUCCUAUGGUCCAAUAUCCUAUGGUCCAAUGUAUCAUUGAAGAAUCUGGUGAACACAUUAUUGCUGGUGCCGGUGAAUUGCACUUGGAAAUUUGCUUGAAAGAUUUGGAAGAAGACCAUGCUUGCAUUCCAUUAAAGAAAUCUGACCCUGUUGUAUCUUGGGAAACUGUAUCUGAAGAAUCAGACCAAAUGUGCUUGUCUAAAUCUCCAAACAAGCACAACAGAUUAUUCAUGAAGGCACAACCUAUGCCUGAUGGCCUCGCAGAAGACAUCGACAGUGGAAAAGUCAACCCCCGUGAUGAAUUCAAAGCUCGUGCUCGUUAUCUUGGUGAACAAUAUGAUUAUGAUGUAACUGAAGCUCGUAAAAUCUGGUGCUUUGGUCCUGAUGGAACUGGCCCCAAUAUUCUUAUUGAUUGUACAAAGGGAGUACAAUAUCUCAAUGAAAUUAAGGAUUCAGUUGUUGCUGGUUUCCAAUGGGCCUCCAAAGAAGGUGUACUUUCAGAAGAGAACUUGCGUGGUGUUAGAUUCAACAUUUAUGAUGUCACACUUCACGCUGAUGCUAUCCAUAGAGGAGGUGGCCAAAUCAUUCCCACAACACGUCGUUGCUUGUAUGCUUGCUUAAUAACAGCUGCACCAAGAUUGAUGGAACCUGUAUAUCAAUGUGAAAUUCAGUGUCCUGAAGUUGCUGUUGGUGGUAUCUAUGGUGUACUAAACAGACGUCGUGGCCAUGUAUUCGAAGAAAUGCAAGUAGCAGGUACUCCCAUGUUCGUAGUCAAAGCUUACUUGCCUGUAAAUGAAUCCUUCGGCUUCACUGCUGAUUUACGUUCAAAUACUGGUGGACAAGCUUUCCCACAAUGUGUGUUUGAUCAUUGGCAAGUUCUUCCUGGUGACCCAUCAGAGCCAAGCAGUAAACCAUAUGCCAUUGUACAAGAAACACGUAAACGUAAGGGAUUAAAAGAAGGUCUACCAGAUCUAUCACAAUAUUUGGACAAAAUGUAAAUUAAAAUGUAUAUAUAUGAAAUCAAAAGCAUGGUACUUUAUUCAAGGAUUUUCAUCCAAGCUUAAAACA